GCCCUGGGGCAGCAGUACUCGUCUCUGGGCUCCCAACCCAUUCUGUGCGGCUCCAUCCCUGGCCUGGUGCCCAAGCAGCUGCGCUUCUGUCGCAACUACAUCGAGAUCAUGCCCAGCGUGGCCGAGGGCGUGAAGCUGGGCAUCCAGGAGUGCCAGCACCAGUUCAGGGGCCGGCGUUGGAACUGUACCACCAUCAAGGACAACCUAGCCAUCUUCGGCCCUGUGCUGGACAAGGCGACCAGAGAGUCGGCGUUCGUCCACGCCGUCGCCUCAGCGGGGGUGGCGUUUGCUGUGACUCGGUCCUGCGCCGAGGGCACGUCCACCAUGUGUGGCUGUGACUCCCACCACAAGGGUCCCCCUGGGGAGGGCUGGAAGUGGGGCGGCUGCAGCGAGGACGCCGAGUUCGGGGUGCUGGUGUCCAGAGAGUUUGCCGAUGCCAGAGAGAACCGCCCCGACGCGCGCUCGGCUAUGAAUCGGCACAACAACGAAGCAGGACGCACGACCAUCCUGGACCACAUGCACCUGCGCUGCAAAUGCCAUGGCCUGUCGGGCAGCUGCGAGGUGAAAACAUGCUGGUGGGCGCAGCCCGACUUCCGCAUGCUGGGCGACUACCUGAAGGACAAGUACGACAGCGCCUCGGAGAUGGUGGUGGAGAAGCACCGCGAGUCGCGCGGCUGGGUGGAGACGCUGCGCGCCAAGUACGCCUUCUUCAAGCACCCCACGGAGCGCGACCUGGUCUACUACGAGGGCUCGCCCAACUUCUGCGAGCCCAACCCGGAGACGGGCUCAUUCGGCACGCGCGACCGCGCCUGCAAUGUGUCCUCGCACGGCAUCGAGGGCUGCGACCUGCUCUGCUGCGGCAGGGGCCACAACACUCGGACUGAGAAGCGCAAGGAGAAGUGCCACUGCAUCUUCCACUGGUGCUGCUACGUCAGCUGCCAGGAGUGUGUGCGCGUCUACGACGUGCACACGUGCAAGUGAGAGCCUUGUGCGCUCGCUCGGAGAGAAUGAUGGACCACAGCGGCCAUCGCAGACACACUGCAGUCAUCGCAUGCAUACAGACUUAAGUACAGACAAACACCAAUGGGGAGUGGCAUUUCUGUACUGGAAUUCCAUACUUCUGGACCCUUGUGAUAAAAAUGUCCCUCAUAUCCUUCUUCCAAGCCCUGCAUCCUCCAUAUGGGACAGCCCAUUUCCAUUGGAACAAGCUCAGUCAGUUUGACCAGUUCACAUUCCUGCAGCAUUGGGCCAUGACCCCUUCUUUAUUUAUUGCUAUCGAAUGGACAUCUUUUUUAACUAACACCUGAUUUCACCAGUCAAUCACCUGGCUGGUGGACUAUUGUGAACGAAAGCAGUUCCCCAACGUCACUCGUCAAUCCAAACCGUACUGAACACACGGCGGCAGCCCAGGAACCUACCACUUUUAACUACUGAGCGGGCUGUUACUGGACCCUGCCCUUCUAAACUAAGCUACUGAGCGGAUGAAAUCUCCACUUUCUCAACCCCUGUACUGGUACUGUACUGCAGCAGUCACCUAGCUGAGACGCCUGGAAGAUGUGCUAGAGCGUGAUUUUAUAGCUCCACAUUUCUGAAAUAUUAGCAAUGGGCCGGGACUGGAGGUGGUAUUGCAGGAAGGGACAUGUGCACGAACCAAACAUGCUGGUUUCCACUCAUGGACAUUUCUGCACAUGUAUGCACUAUUCAGCUGUACACGAACUGUCUGGAGGAGGUGAAACUUUAGCAAUUGUUAUUUAUGAGAGCAAAUGCAUUCUUCUUGUUGAUCUCAAGAUCAGAUACACUUUUCUGGAAUUUCCCUUUACAGUCUUUGAGGAAAUUAGAACAAUAUGUCAGAGAAGAAAAUGUUCAGACAAACAGGUAGAGGGUUCAGGUUUAAGAGGUCGUACUUCAUUGGAUUAACAUUGAAUUCAUGGAUCACCAGGUCAUUUUGCACUUGCAAUAGGCCCAAUGCUAAUGAAUAAUUAUACUAAUAGCGGGUCAUACAAUUAUAAUCUCAUUGUCGUAGUAUCGAACACACGGAUGGUCCAUUUCAUUAGGUUCCUCAUAGUGCUGUGAGGUCCUUGUUCUAAGCGAAACCCUGCUCACCAGUGAAAGGUGAUGACAAGUGGAGAAAGCAGAAAGUGUCAAGUCAUCAAUAGCCCCCUUGCCUCAUCUCCUUCCCUUAAUUGCCAGUGAUGUGAAACGUCUUGACAAUAGAAGCAAUAUGUUGGAAACUUGUUCAGAGACGACGUGUCUGUGGGAGACAAAUGGAGGAGACGAGGGUAAGAAGGUUAUGUAAGCCUAUUGGGAUACAGCGGAUGUGCUGACUGCCAGUGACAGGGGUGUAAGGGUUAGGGAUGGCAGGCAUGUGGGAUAAACUGAGAGGUUUCCACACAACACGUGCUUCCUAUUCAUUAUAUUUAACAAAAAAAUACAAUUUACCCCAGGUAGUAUAGGCUCCUCUCUGUGACAUACGGCAGUUUAGCAACUGCGUCACCCUCUAAAAAGCCCUCCCUACCAGGGCACUUUGUCGUUCCUUCCUUUCCUGCCCGCUAUAUCCAAAGUUUUGUACAAAGGUUUUAAAGUUAAUAAUUCCCUUUUUAUUUUAUAAUCUGAAAAUGUUUUUAUAAAUAUUAUUUAUUAUACAAUGUGUAUAUAUCUGAACUAAGAUUAUAUAUUUGAAGAACAAAUUACUGUCUCAUGCUUUUGCUUCUUAGCCAGAGGUACUUUUCUAAUCAUUUCAGUUUGUAAGCAUCGAUUCCUCUACAUUUCCUUACCAAAUCAUGUAUAUAGACAUUGCACAUAACACUUUUGAACUCAUUUUUAAAUGGCAAGCUGCGAUGGUGUUACAAACUGUGAUAGACAGUUAUCCAUGCUUAAUAAAUAGUCCGAUCCUCACUAUAACUCGAAAUAAUGUCUCAAUCUGCUCUAGAACUCUGUGAAACUUCUGCAAUUUGUCUCAAUCAAGUCCAUUUCUCCCU